UGACAUAAAUAAGCGUCUGCUAUCAGUUCACUCAUGAUUAACCAUGUUUAGAUCCCUUAGAAGUUUCCUAUAGUUUAAAUUUUAAUUAAUUAUGGACAGCAGAAUUUUUUUUUGGGUUUUACAACUUUUUGUAUUUUACUUAACAAAUGCAUCUAGUGAAAAAUGUUUAAAAAAUAGCAAUCAACCUGAUUGCAAAUCUAGUACUAUGACACCGUAUAGAUUUGUUGCCAACUACAAUGAUUCCCAACUCCAGUUUGCAGGAUGCACUAAAAAAAAAAUAUGGUUAAUGAUUCGACAUGGAACAAGACUUCCUGCUAGGAAAUUCAUAAAACCUAUGACUGAAAUUUUACCUGAUAUUCAAAAACAAAUUAUUAAAAACUAUCAAAAUGGAAAAUCAAAAUUAUCAGCUGAUUUUAUUGAAAAACUUGAGAGGUGGACUAUAAAUUUAAAAGAAGCAGAAGCUAUGAAUUUAGCGGAAGAAGGACAGAAUGAAUUAAUUGAUCUUGCUGAAAGAAUGCAAGCUAGAUUACCAGAAUUGUUUCCCGAUGAUUAUGAAAAAAACUUAUUCAGAUUCAAAUACACUGCUACCCAACGAACAGAGCUAAGUGCCAAAUCAUUUGUCAUGGGACUAUUUGGACAACAUCAAAGUAAAAAAGUUGUAUUUGAACAACCUGAAAAGAAAGAUCCAAUUUUAAGAUUCUAUAAAAAAUGUAAAAAAUGGCAAAAAGAAGUUCAUGAUAAUCCAAAAACCCAAAAAGAAAGAGAUCUAUUCAUACAAAGUAACUAUGUGCAAAAAGUUGUAAAAGAUGUAUCAAAGCAAAUUGGUUUAAAACUUGAUUAUGCACAUGUUAGACUUAUUUAUAUGAUGUGUGGUUUUGAAACUGCUUUUAAUCAAGCUGAAAAUUCACCAUGGUGCGAUCUACUAUCAAUCAAUGACUUAAACGUCUUAGAGUAUGCAGAAGAUUUGAAGUAUUAUUGGAAAGAUAGUUAUGGCUACAAACUUAAUUAUGAACAAGCAUGUCCAGCUUUACAUGAUAUGUUUACAUUUUUUGACAAAGAAGAUGAGACUUUAGUCACAGCUUACUUUUCACAUUCAGGAACUAUUCUUAAAAUUUUGUCUAUUCUUGGAAUUGCUCAAGAUGAAAAAGUACUUACUCAUGAUACAUUUCCUAUCAAUUCUUCAAGAAAUUGGAGAAGCAGUCUUAUUGAUGCUUUUGCCAGCAAUAUAGCUUUUGUUUUGUAUGACUGUGAUAAACAAGGACCUAGUAUUCUUGUCUUACAUCAAGAACGUCCUGCACAAAUACCUGGCUGUCCAGAAGAAGGUUUAUGUCCUGUAUCUAUUAUGAAAGAUAUAUUUCCAGCAGCUGCGAAAGAUUGUAAAUUUGAUGUUGUCUGCGAAAAUUAAAAGUUAAAGUUAUAAAUGUAUAUAAAUGAUAAUGAUUGUAUAUAUUUUUAUAUGUUGACUUUAGAUGUUGAAAAACUAAUGAAACUUAUUUUUUUAUUGUAAAUAUUUGAAAUAUUCAAUAGUUGUUACAGUUUAAAAAUAACAACUUUUCAAGGUGUUGAUUCUA